GAGCAGCAGCAGCAGCUUUUCACUCCGGAGAGAGAUUCAGCUUCCACUACAGACCCACUGCCUGUUUUAUCCUUUAGACUAUUUAAUUAAUAUCUAGUUUAAUAACUAACUAUAUUAUAGUUUAAUUAUUCUGUAAUUGUUGUGUUUUCUGUGUUGUGUUUUGCUGUGUUUUCUUCCCAGGUAACCGGAUCCGACGCCCCGUGGUCGGAUAUGGACUGGUGGUGGUUCCUUCCACUUGAGGCGGAGUCUGGUGCUCCAGGGGGCUCACCUCCUCACACUCCGUCUCUUUCUGUGGAUUGGGAUCUAGACCUCAGUUCAGAUGACUGCAGCGUUCUGUCGUCGCUGGGUGAAGGGCCAGACUCCUGGGUGGAACUGACUGCCUGUGUUACGCAGCGCAUAGAAGAAUUCCUGGCCACCUCCCACCCAGGGUCUCCAGCGCCUUCGCCCACCCCUGCAAGUCAUCUCGCCCCCAUUCUUCAGCUCCCCAGCGCCAUGGAGCCUCCCUCUCCUCCACAUCCCAGGCCGGUUCGAGGAGUUCUUGUCCAGGUUGCAGAGGCAGUGCCCUCUCACCGGCUGGACUCUUCUGGACCAGAGCCUGAGAUCAGGCCUGAGUCAGCUGCACAGGUUGUGGCUGACUUGGACCUUGAUGUGGAGGAGGAUGGUUGUAGGCAGGAUGGUGACGGAGAGAAGGAGCCUUCUUCCAGCCUGCAGGAAGCACCGAUGGCAGACCUGCCCUCACCUCCCACCAACACCCAGGGUAAAUCGCACCACACCACCACCAUAAACAGCAUGUUUAGUUGUUUCAGGUCGCGUCGUCGUGUCGGGGUGCUGGUUGGAGAGGCAGACCACCUUCACAGUCCGGCUAUCCACAACCCAAAGCCUGCUGCGAAGAGAGGAUGGCUACAGCGCUUCCUGCGUUUCUUCAGGAGGACAGGAAGAAAGGGGUGAAAACGCUGCCCAUACAACAUCUGGCAGCAUACACACAUAGAGAGAGAUAGAUAGAUAGAUA